CGAGUAUUGUAUAUGGAUACACACGAAUGCUCGUUUAAUCUCACGAAAAGAGAAUAUUAAAUAAAUUUGUCGUCGUCUAUCCGAGAAAUGACUCCUGACAUCGUGUAUGUGUACCGUGCGACUUAAAACCAUUUUGGUCUUCUCAUUGACAAAUCGAUCCGCGUGAAACAAUAAUCGCGCAUCGGCAGUGUAUUUUCUGUUUCUACGAAACUCGGCGACAACCGUCGUGAAGCCUAUUUCGUUUGAACUCUCGUUACACGCACACACUCGCGGGAGCGCGGCGCUUACACGCACACAUGCGCACUUACGUUGCUACCUAUAUAUACCUAUAUAGUUAUAGUACACUCGACCGCAACUGGAACGAGACACGCUUCGAUCAUGCCUUCUGCGUCGUACUAUUAUCUAUUCGGGUAAAAACGAAUUAUUGCAUUGCACUACAACAAUUGCGUUGAUGAUCUGAUCCGACGGAACCGUCGCCAAGUGUCAAGCGUGAAACCAUGGCAGACGUAUUGCAGUCAAUCUGCAACCCAUUACCCUUGUCAUCCAGUCAAUCAUCGAUUGUCAAAGAAGGAUGGCUAUUCAAAAGAGGCGAACACAUCAAGAACUGGAGGUCCAGGUAUUUUAUAUUGUUUGCUGAUGGAUCUCUCAUGGGCUAUAGAAACAAACCUGAAGGUCCCAUGACUGAACCUCUUAACAAUUUUACUGUCAAGCGAUGUCAAAUAAUGAGUGUUGAUCGCCCUAAACCUUAUACAUUCACAAUCAGAGGAUUGCAAUGGACUACUGUUAUUGAACGAACAUUUCAUGUAUCUUCUGAAAAAGAAAGAGAAGAAUGGAUGACUGCCAUUAAGGGUGUAUCAGAACGUUUGUCCGAUGUUGAUGAAGUUGAAAUGGAAGGUGUAUCUCAUUCAACUAGUAUGUCAAGUACAAUGUCUGGACCAAGUUCAGAUGACUUCAGUGCCAAAUUUUCUGUUCAAGGAACGUCUUCAAGUAAAUCUACUGGAAAACGAAAAGUGACUCUUGAGAAUUUUGAGUUUCUUAAAGUACUUGGCAAAGGUACUUUUGGUAAAGUUAUUUUAUGUCGAGAAAAAGCAACUGGUCACUUGUAUGCUAUUAAAAUUCUUAAAAAAGAAGUAAUCAUCCAAAAAGAUGAAGUUGCUCAUACACUUACUGAAAACAGGGUUCUCCGCACUACUAGUCAUCCUUUUCUAAUAUCAUUGAAAUACUCAUUUCAAACUGCUGAUAGAUUAUGUUUUGUUAUGGAGUAUGUAAAUGGUGGAGAACUAUUUUUCCAUUUAUCUAGAGAACGAGUGUUUACAGAAGAUAGAACCCGUUUUUAUGGGGCUGAAAUUAUAUCUGCUUUGGGCUACUUACAUUCCCAAGGAAUUAUUUACAGGGAUUUAAAACUUGAAAAUUUACUAUUAGAUAAGGAUGGUCACAUUAAAAUAGCCGAUUUUGGACUGUGCAAAGAAGAUAUCACCUAUGGAUCAACAACCAAAACAUUCUGUGGUACACCAGAAUACCUAGCACCUGAAGUGUUGGAAGAUUUAGACUAUGGUCGAGCUGUUGAUUGGUGGGGAAUUGGAGUAGUUAUGUACGAGAUGAUGUGCGGACGUUUGCCAUUUUACAAUAAAGAUCAUGACAAAUUAUUUACUUUAAUCUUGAUGGAAACUGUACGAUUUCCUAGGGGUCUUUCUGCUGCUGCAAAAUGUUUACUUUCAGGCCUUUUGAUUAAAGAUCCCAAAAAGCGAUUAGGUGGAGGCCCUGAUGAUGCCCAAGAAAUUAUGAGUCAUGUUUUCUUUAGUAGUAUUAAUUGGUUGGAUUUGGAACAAAAAAAAAUCCCUCCUCCAUUCCAACCUCAAGUAUCAUCAGAUACAGAUACACGAUAUUUUGACUCUGAAUUUACUGGAGAAUCUGUUGAACUUACUCCACCUGACCUAUCUUCUCAUCAUUUAAACAGCAUUGCAGAAGAAAUGGAACAAUCCCAACCUUACUUCCCACAGUUUAGCUAUCAAGAUCUAGCUGGAUCAAUAUCAAUUAGUGCCAGUUCGUGUUUCAGUCAUACGUGAACAAAAAAAAAAAAUAUGUAAGUGAUUCCGUAAAAUAUUGCUUAACAAUUAAUCAAUUUACUAUAAAUGAUAAACUGACUUUACUCUUCAUAUUUUUUCUUUUUGACAUUAGGCUAUUUUUUGUAUAUAAAUUAUAUUAAUAUUAUACAAUGUUUUGAACUAGUGAAUUUUUUUUUUUUUUUUGAACGUUGGUCAAAUACUUAUUAAAACUUAACUCACAAAAAGUCACACUGUAUGAUCGUUCAGUAUUUAUUGAAUUUUUUCAAUUAUUAUUUUCUGUUCUGUAUGUAGUCAUUUAUUAUAAAUUAUUGCUGUUUUUUUUUUCAAUUAUUAUUAUUAUUAUUAUUAUUAUUAUUUUUUACCCAUCUUGUUGAAAGUGUUUGUUUUGUGUACAUAUUGUUGAAAAUUUAUUCUAAAACAUUUUACCGGCCUCUCUUAUGUGCAGGAUAUAAUUUUUAUUCAUAAAAAUUGUAUAGCUUGUUUUUUUUCUUGUUUUUUUUUUUUUUUCUUUUUUUUUUCAUCAAAUAUUUCUAUGAGAAAUAUAAUGUUUGUCUUAAUUGUCUUAAUUUUACAUCAUAACAGUUCUAAAAAUUGUAUAGGGUUAUAAGGGAGAAUGAUAGGGAAAAAUUUAAGGUAGAAAAUUUAUACAAG